CAACAUAAGAGCAAGCUUGGGAGAGCGAGCCUCCCGAUGCAGACUCGCCCAAUCAUCUCAUUUCUCAGCCUCUAUACAUACAAAGUAAUGAGCGAAACACAAUUCUCUAUCUUCUUGAUUCACUCCUCGAUAGCACGCACCACUAGCCAUGCCUCGAACUCAUCCCCAUUCGUCGUCUCACUAUCACAUCCUCAUCAUCUGCCCCAAAAACAAACCCACAAACACGCCUCCUCCACACUCCUGCAUCGUACCCCGUUCCACGGGACAUCCAUCCCUCCUUCCCCGCAGCAGUGCCACACGAUGGUCCUCUUGCUCGCCUGCCCGCCUCACUCCAAACCACCAAAACACACCACACCAUGCCACCAUGCCACGCAUUCCCGAAUCCGGACACCGCGCCGAACGAAAAACAUGAGGCUACCACCGUAUUGCCAAAACAGUCAACCUCAUCAAAAACGCACGCCAUGCCAUCCGCCCACCACGUUGGAGCACUGCAUCCACUCCAUC